AGCUGUGGGAGUCUCCAGGCACGUGUCCGUCUCUUCCCCUCCGCAGUGCUUCAGCUCCGUGGAGCUUUUUGCCAUCCACAACCUGAGCGAGGGCUCUGCCGUGGGGCGCAGCGAGUUCAAGGAGUUCUGCCCCACCAUCCUGCAGCAGCUGGAGUCGGGGGCGUGCGCCUCCGAGAACCUGGAGAACGAGGAAAACGAGCAGACGGAGGAGAGCAGACCCAGCUCGGCCGAAGUCUGGGGUUACGGUUUCCUCUGCGUGACCGUCAUCUCCCUCUGCUCGCUGGUGGGAGCCAGCGUCGUGCCCUUCAUGAAGAAGACCUUUUACAAGCGGCUGCUCCUCUACUUCAUAGCUCUGGCGAUUGGAACUCUCUACUCCAACGCCCUCUUCCAGCUCAUUCCCGAGGCGUUUGGAUUCAACCCUCAGGAAGAUUAUUACGUUUCCAAGUCCGCCGUAGUGUUCGGGGGCUUCUACCUCUUCUUCUUUACGGAGAAGGUCCUGAAGAUGCUCCUGAAGCAGAAGGAUGAGCAUCACCACGGACACAGCCACUACGGCCCCGAGGCUCUGCCGUCCAAGAAGGACCAGGAGGAGGGGGUCACCGAGAAGCUGCAGAACGGGGACUUGGACCACAUGAUCCCACACAGAAGCAACGAGUUGGAGUGCAAGACCCCCUCCGGGGAUGAGAAGGUCGUGGUGGGCUCCCUCUCCGUCCAGGACCUGCAGGCCUCCCAGAGCGCGUGUUACUGGCUGAAGGAGGUGCGGUACUCCGACAUCGGCACGCUGGCCUGGAUGAUCACCCUCAGCGACGGCCUCCACAACUUCAUCGAUGGGCUGGCCAUCGGGGCUUCCUUCACCGUCUCCGUCUUCCAAGGGAUCAGCACCUCCGUGGCCAUCCUCUGCGAGGAGUUCCCGCACGAGCUGGGUACGUGGGUCCUCGGGGAAGGGUGCUGCGAGGGCGCUCGG